ACAGUUUGCGUCAUGAACGUUUCUAACUGAUCCAACAUUGAAUGAAGAGCAGCUGAUGGGAGGCUGGUCCUCGCGGCGCGCGGCAGGAUCAGAGGCUCUGCGCAUCGCGGUGGGGGGGGCGUUUCUUUGUCAUCCUGUCAUUUGAGGCCAGCUCCUCGCGGCAGCAGACCUGCUCCCACGCGCCGUGGCCAGCGGUGAUCAGCAGCGGACCCGUGGCAGCUCCGCUCCCCAUCUCCGCGCUAACAAAGCCCGCUCUGCGGACCGGACUCUGCGGCUUUAGGUCGGAUGGUGCUUCGGCGGCUCAGCAAAUGCAGAAAAGGGAGCAAAGUUUCGGUAUACAAAUGCUCACCGUCCAGCCGGACACGAAGCCAAAAGGCUGUGCCGGCUGCAGCCGGAAGAUCAAGGACCGCUACCUGCUGAAGGCUCUUGAUAAAUACUGGCAUGAAGACUGCCUGAAAUGUGCGUGCUGUGACUGCAGGCUGGGUGAGGUGGGCUCCACGCUGUACACCAAAGCCAACCUCAUCCUGUGCCGGAGAGACUACCUACGGCUGUUUGGCGUAACGGGAAACUGUGCAGCCUGCAGCAAGCUGAUUCCAGCCUUUGAGAUGGUGAUGAGGGCCAAAGAGAACGUCUAUCAUCUGGACUGCUUUGCAUGCCAGCUCUGCAAUCAAAGGUUUUGUGUUGGAGACAAAUUUUUCCUGAAGAACAACAUGAUUCUCUGCCAGACCGACUAUGAGGAGGGUCUGAUGAAGGAGGGCUACGCCACACAGGUCCGCUGAGCGUCCAAUCACGACGAGAAGGAAGAGCCCGAGUGACAGAGACAGGAGAGCAUGCAAUCACAGAACCAAAUGCACUAUUGCCUCCUGUCCAGGUCCGCUAUGCGACGUGUACAUAACCCGGACUCGUUCUGCUGUACAGAAUGGCCAUAGAGACAAUGUGGCAACAAAUGGUGUAUAUUAACAUGUUUGUAUAUUUCAUGAUUUAUCUCUAAAAGAUGGCGGCUCUCUGUACCUGGAAAACAAUAAACAGAAUUUGUCCUGAGAGUGA